CCCGAGAGCGGCAGAAGAUGGCGGCGGCCGCGGGCUGGGCGCUGCUGGCCCUGGCGCUGUGUCUGGGCGCGGCGGCCGCGACCGGCGGCUCCGAGGGGAAGAGGCGGGAGGGGCCGCCCAAGAAGAAGGACAUUCGGGACUACAACGACGCGGACAUGGCCCGGCUGCUGGAGCAGUGGGAGAAAGAUGAUGACAUUGAAGAGGGAGAUCUCCCUGAACACAAGAGGCCUCCAGCACCAAUAGAUUUCUCAAAGAUAGAUCCAGGCAAGCCUGAAAGCAUCCUGAAGCUGACAAAAGGGAAGACUUUGAUGAUGUUUGUCACAGUGUCGGGAAAUCCCACAGAAAAGGAGACAGAAGAAAUCACCAGCUUGUGGCAGGGCAGUCUCUUCAAUGCAAACUACGACGUGCAGAGGUUUAUUGUUGGCUCCAAUCGAGCCAUCUUCAUGCUGCGGGAUGGUGGCUACGCCUGGGAGAUCAAAGACUUCCUGAUAAACCAGGAAAGGUGUGCAGAUGUUACUCUGGAAGGUCAGGUUUAUCCUGGCAAAGGAGCAGAUGGAAAUGAGAAAGUGAAAAACAAAACAAAACCUGAAAAAGCAAAGAAGAAAAAGACAGAGAAGAAAUCUAACGGUGUCAAAGAGGACAACCGAGCAACCAACCAGAGAGAGGAGCUAUGACAGCCACGGUACCCAGACUGAAUCCUGCUCUGCUGCUCCUUGAAGGGAAUCUGCUGAUGAGUCCUGGGUUUUGGGGAGGAAGGAAGCAGAGACUACUGAAGCUUAAAUUUAUGUUGAAAUUCACCAGUUCAUUCAUUGCUGUUGGCCAUUUGUUCAGUUACAGGAGAGGUAACGCUUCAUGCCAGCAAUUGACUGCUUUAGUUUGUAAUUUUUUUAUGUUUUUGUUGUUGUUUAAAACUAGCAUACAAAUCUGUGUGUCUAACAUCACAAACUUAAUUUAAGUGGAAAAGAAUUAUUGUUUCAGAAUACAUUGAUGUUCAUCUGUAGCAACUGUGUCCAUCUUGGGUGUGAAAAUCAUGGAUUCACAGCUGCUGCCAGAGAACCAAGUACAGUGUGGAAAAAUUCUCUUAGAAGAUGGUUUGAUACACACAAAACUGCCCAAAUUUGAAAAGAAUAGUGGCCAAAGAUACCUGAAAUUACAGGGUUUAGGAUAUGUUUGGUUAGACUGUCUGUUUCUUUAAAAUAAACUCAACCCGUUGUGUCCCAGGAAAUCUGUGGGAGUGCUCAGGAAUGUGAUGGAUGCUAAGUAGGAGCUCUACUAAUGCACUCCAGGUCUGUCCAGGAGGAACACUCUGUGCCCUUCAGGAGGGAAUGGAGUUACAGCACCUGCACGAGCAGUGUCAGGGUGAGAAGUGGAGAUGAAUCCCAGGCAUUCACUCCUGCUGCUGAAGGAUUGUGCCUGUGGAAGCAGCUGUGCCGUUGUGCCCCGUUACUCAGGCAGUGAGCUGGAAGAAAAAGCUUUAACUCUGAAGUUAAUUUGGUUUACUGAUUUAAUGGGUUGAAAAAGCGCUAGUUGCAGAGUUAAACUAGCACAGAGUUAAACUUUGAGUUAGAUUUAUCACUUACUGAUGCUGAUCUGGUCAGAUUUUGAUGGUUGUUUUUUUUUUUUCUUGGUACAGAUUCCUGGCUGACAUGGUUGACUGUAAGUGACCAUUUGAUUUGAAUAGUAUGGAGUUGGACAUAUGGGAGCCAAUAUUUUGUAUAAUUGGGGAGGUUUUAUUAUUACUCAAAUUGUAUUCAGUCAAAUGCUUUGCUUAGAAUUGUUUCCCUUCUGCCUUACUACCAGUUAGGAACUAAAGGCACCGAGUAGUGUGGUCUGCAUCAUUUUGCAGAAGAUGAGCACAGUAUCAACUGUCUUCAUUCAAUACUGGUAUGGUGUUACUUUUUCUUUAAGGUGCUAAAAUCCAAGUGUUUUGGAUAAAAGGUCCUAAUUGAACCAUAGUGGUUAAUUUUGUGGAAUACUUCAGUAUCAAAAGUAUGAAACUGUGACUGAGUCCUUGUUCUGAAAUAAAAAAAAUGUCACUAAACUUACUGUCUUCUUGAGGAGUAGUAAAAACUUUUAAUAGGUCUGCAUUUGGUUAUGUAUUCAAGAGGCAGACUGACUCAUCCUUGGUUUCCAUAUGUAAGGACUAAAUGAUGUUGAUGAAGGUUCCAGUUGAUUGAUUUUAUUUAAUUUUAAUUACAUUUGUAUGAAUUUAUAUUAAAGAAACCUUUGCAGCUACACUUCACUAAACAGGCCUGUACCUGUUUGAGUGGAAAAUUAAAAUUUGCUUUUUCAGGAUUAACUAUUACUUUUUAUAUUCUUAUACUAAUGCAGAUGUGCAACAGAGUUGAGAAGAGUCUCAGUAGAUAUUUGAAUAGUUGAGAUGUGCAGUCCAAUUCUUGUGCAUAACUAAUUAUCAUUUGGUCACAUGUUCUGGGUUAGCACCACCCUUUGUAAACAGUAUUGCUUCUCAUCUCAAGGGAAGAACAGAGGUCAGGUGAAACUAUAAAAAUGAAAUACUAAUGAGUUUUUUCUUUUCAAAGUUAUGGUGUAAAGGUGACAGUUAAGAUUUUGAUCAAAAGACAUGGGAGUGCAGUUUUGUAUUCUUCCUAAUGUUAUUUCCUUUUUGAUCAGGUUGGGUUUGAGACUGUUGGAGAAACAAUUACUACACUAUAGCUAUAGCCCAGCUUUUGAGUAUAGACACUUCAGUCAAUCAUAAAUCUACAUUUACAGUAGAUUGGGUCUUUCCCCUUUCUAAUUAAAAGCAGGUGCCACAUAGCUUAAUCAAAUUUCAAGUGUUUGGAGGUCUUUUUGGGGUUUGUUUUGUUUUUUUAGGUUUUUAAUCCGUGUGAUGACUUGGCAGUUGCUUUUUGAUAUAAAACACAAAAUGCUGCCUUCACAAAAUAAAUUUCUUUUACUCUUCCAUUUUUCUUCUCCCUUUUUCGUGCUUUACUCUAAACAAAUACUGAAAUAUACCAGUAAGUAUAAUAUUGCAGUCUGGCAGGAGCUGCUUUACCUCAGCCUAUCUUCCUCUUCUAUCACAUUUCAUUACUCAAGAAUAACCUGAAUUGCCUUAUAAAACUGGUAAAGUCUUUGAGACAGUUGCACUUGUCCUGGGACCGUGUUAGAUAACCAAAUGUUUGGUGAUGAUUUAAGAAGCCCAAACCCUAUCACACACAUGAAUAUAUAUGUAUCAAAAUAAAUAUCCUCAAAAAGUUACAUAAGAUCAGGAAUGUUCUAUGAGUACCUCAGAAGGUGAAGUCUCCUUUGGAGGCUUAUCAGGCUUUCAAUAACAGAAUUUUUGGUUCCACAAUCAGAUAUCUCUUUUAAAACUAAUUUCAACCAGUAGGGUUGUAAUUAUAGCUCUUACUAUUUCCUUUUUUUCUUCAGUUCUAUACAGAGGUACAUGGAAAAUCAUCUGUUUUCAUGACAGUGAAACAUCUGCUGCCUUUCUCCUCCCAGCAUAGUGGUUUCUCUGUUCUAGUGCUAUAACUAACUUUUCUGAGCUACUGUUAAUUUUUUAACCCAGCUGUCCUACUCAAAAGAAAAAAAAAUAGAGUUUGUCAAUGAUGCUACACAGGAUGUGGUUGCACUUUGUGAAAAAUUUCCAAUGGACAAUCAACCUUUUACGUAAUAAAAUACUGGAAAAAAUA